AUGGAUGUCCUCAAAAUCGCUUCAGAGCACUGGGUGCUUACAUGUAUAACAACAUGGAUUAGCUACGUAAGAAAGAAGCAAAAUGGCAGACACUCAUCAAUAAAAACUAACACCAAAAUCAGCUCCUCCUAUCCGCAAUCUACAACCUCUACUUCCCUUAGCAAAAUACUCGGGUCCCUUCCUCUCCAAAAUCUCCUCAAUCCCCAAUUUCUACCACAACCUCACAGGAUACCGGCACAUCUGGCUAUGGCAAUGCCACCAAAUCUACGGUGCAGUACCAAGUUAGCCCCCCUUGUCAAGUACCUAAUUACUGAUUUGGCAAAGGCGAAGUAUUCCGCUACGAACCCAACGGUUUACUCUUCGACACGCCCACCGCCUUCCGCGCCAUCCAUGAGCCCCGCGCGAAUACCAAGAAAGCCCUGUUCUACCAGAUGUUCCCGCGCAACGCACAGAAUUGGAAUACCCUCAUCGUGCUCUCGCCUCUGGAACACGCGCGUAAGCGACGGGUUUUGAAUGCGGCGUUUCUGGACCGGGCGAUUCGGCCGGCGGAGGGACUUAUUGUUAACAAUGUUGAUCGGUGCGGGGAGUUGCGGUUUGGGAAGGGGAAGGGGGAGGGGAACUGGAGUGAGAGUGAGAAUACGAGUGUUCUUGCAGAUCAGUUGACGUUUGAUAUUAUGGAGGAGUUGAGUUUUGGGAGGAGUUUGGGGAUUAAAGAACCUGGGGAGAAUGUGUUGAAGAGUAUGCCGCAUGUGAUGGUGGAGUAUAUGGCGUAUAUGUAUGCUGUAAGUAUUCCUCGUUUCCACAUUUGUUAUUAGUCAGGAAUUAAAGAAUCUAGCUUGGACACUCGCCAUUCCUGCCAUUGUUUGUAUGGUUGAAACCAAGAGGAUUGGAUAGUAUCAUGGAACGUAUUACUCCCCCACCCGUCCGGAAGUUCUAUGAGUUCCUCGAGACGAACUUGGAACAGCGACGUCUGGAGGAAGUAUCACUAGAGAAGAAAGGCGCCGAGCAAGAGGAGAGUAGAAAAGAUCUUUUCCAUCACAUCUUCAAAGUCCGAGAUGAGAAGGGGAACCCUGGAUACUCCGAGGACGAGUUAGCUGCCGAAGCAGCUCUCCUUGUCAUUGCUGGGAGUGAUACGACCUCCACUACCAUCUGUGGCUUUUGGUUCUACAUCCUGAGAAAGGAGAGGUGCUACAACAAACUCGUCGCAGAAAUCAGAAGCUCCUUCAAGACACUAAGCGACAUCAAAGGCGGACUCAAACUAUCCUCUUGCACCUAUCUGAACGCAUGUAUCAACGAGACCCUCCGCAUCGCACCAAUCCUCGCAGGUGAAAACCCCAGAGUCGUUCUACCCGGCGGCCUCGACAUCAACGGAAACCACAUCCCAGCCGGCACCCAAGUCGGCGUCACAAUGUGGGCGCUCAACCACCAUGAAGACAUCUUCGACGAUCCGUACACCUUCCGUCCCGAGCGAGGAUGCGGCGCGUGUGAGUGCGAGUCUCUUUCCGUUUUAUUUCGGCACGGGGACUUGUGCGGGUAAGAAGAUUGCGAUGCUCGAGUUGCGGUUACUUAUUGCGAGGACGUUGUGGAGGUAUGAUGUGAGGCUUCAGCCGGGAGAUACUUUGGGGGCGGGGAGGAAAGAUCUUCCCUGGGGAUUGAGGAAAGGGGAUUGUUAUCAGGAUGUUAAGGAUGCGUUUGUUGUUGGGAGGGAUGGGCCAAAUGUGCAGUUUCGGGAGAAAGUCAUUUGA